AGUUUCUGUUGCGUACUCGGUGAUGGAAACAUUUGCUUUUCUCUUUGCUUUUCAUCACCUCUAGGUUUUGAACAUCAGCCCUGUGGUGAGAGACAUCAUGAUGAAUGGAACCUUCCAAAUCAUCCGCCUUUAUUUCGCAGAGUUCACGAGCUACGACUGGAUUUCCUGGUUCACGCUGAAACUGAGUCCAGUCCUUUCCAGCUUGACUGCAGAGAUGCUCCAGACAGUAACAUCAUAUACCGACUGCAACGCAUACCACAUCAUCGUCGGGGCUCUGAGCAGCCACUUUGAGCAGAUGACAUCGCUGAGACAGCAGGAGCUCACCGCAGUCCUGUUGGGCUACCUAAAGCAGAGUCAGGCAUCAGGCUCAACCUGUGGAUCCGUCACCAGCAGCCUCAGUGUUUGGCUUGAAGAGAGCUUUGGCAAAUUCUCUGUCUACGUGGACUACCAAGACCUGCGUGCACUCAACGAGGCAUUUGGAAGUUUCCAGGCACUGGACCUUCUGAGUGCCUCUCAAGUUGCUCAGCUGACCCUAACAUCUGGAGCGCUGAACAACGCAGAUCUGAUCACCAUGGUCUUUGAGCGUCUUGACGGCAGCAAUGCUUUCCAGGAUGUGGACCAGUUCUUGACGGUUCUCACCCAGACCUCGCAGGUUUUGAACAUCAGCCCUGUGGUGAGAGACAUCAUGAUGAAUGGAACCUUCCAAAUCAUCCGCCUUUAUUUCGCCGAGUUCACGAGCUACGACUGGAUUUCCUGGUUCACGCUGAAACUGAGUCCGGUCCUUUCCAGCUUGACUGCAGAGAUGCUCCAGACAGUAACAUCAUAUACCGACUGUGACGCAUACCACAUCAUCGUCGGGGCUCUGAGCAGCCACUUUGAGCAGAUGACAUCGCUGAGACAGCAGGAGCUCACCGCAGUCCUGUUGGGCUACCUAAAGCAGAGUCAGGCAUCAGGCUCAACCUGUGGGUCCGACACCAGCAGCCUCAGUGUUUGGCUUGAAGAGAGCUUUGGCAAAUUCUCUGUCUACGUGGACUACCAAGACCUGCGUGCACUCAACGAGGCAUUUGGAAGUUUCCAGGCACUGGACCUUCUGAGUGCCUCUCAAGUUGCUCAGCUGACCCUAACAUCUGGAGCGCUGAACAACGCAGAUCUGAUCACCAUGGUCUUUGAGCGUCUUGACGGCAGCAAUGCUUUCCAGGAUGUGGACCAGUUCUUGACGGUUCUCACCCAGACCUCGCAGGUUUUGAACAUCAGCCCUGUGGUGAGAGACAUCAUGAUGAAUGGAACCUUCCAAAUCAUCCGCCUUUAUUUCGCCGAGUUCACGAGCUACGACUGGAUUUCCUGGUUCACGCUGAAACUGAGUCCAGUCCUUUCCAGCUUGACUGCAGAGAUGCUCCAGACAGUAACAUCAUAUACCGACUGCAACGCAUACCACAUCAUCGUCGGGGCUCUGAGCAGCCACUUUGAGCAGAUGACAUCGCUGAGACAGCAGGAGCUCACCGCAGUCCUGUUGGGCUACCUAAAGCAGAGUCAGGCAUCAGGCUCAACCUGUGGGUCCGACACCAGCAGCCUCAGUGUUUGGCUUGAAGAGAGCUUUGGCAAAUUCUCUGUCUACGUGGACUACCAAGACCUGCGUGCACUCAACGAGGCAUUUGGAAGUUUCCAGGCACUGGACCUUCUGAGUGCCUCUCAAGUUGCUCAGCUGACCCUAACAUCUGGAGCGCUGAACAACGCAGAUCUGAUCACCAUGGUCUUUGAGCGUCUUGACGGCAGCAAUGCUUUCCAGGAUGUGGACCAGUUCUUGACGGUUCUCACCCAGACCUCGCAGGUUUUGAACAUCAGCCCUGUGGUGAGAGACAUCAUGAUGAAUGGAACCUUCCAAAUCAUCCGCCUUUAUUUCGCCGAGUUCACGAGCUACGACUGGAUUUCCUGGUUCACGCUGAAACUGAGUCCAGUCCUUUCCAGCUUGACUGCAGAGAUGCUCCAGACAGUAACAUCAUAUACCGACUGCAACGCAUACCACAUCAUCGUCGGGGCUCUGAGCAGCCACUUUGAGCAGAUGACAUCGCUGAGACAGCAGGAGCUCACCGCAGUCCUGUUGGGCUACCUAAAGCAGAGUCAGGCAUCAGGCUCAACCUGUGGGUCCGACACCAGCAGCCUCAGUGUUUGGCUUGAAGAGAGCUUUGGCAAAUUCUCUGUCUACGUGGACUACCAAGACCUGCGUGCACUCAACGAGGCAUUUGGAAGUUUCCAGGCACUGGACCUUCUGAGUGCCUCUCAAGUUGCUCAGCUGACCCUAACAUCUGGAGCGCUGAACAACGCAGAUCUGAUCACCAUGGUCUUUGAGCGUCUUGACGGCAGCAAUGCUUUCCAGGAUGUGGACCAGUUCUUGACGGUUCUCACCCAGACCUCGCAGGUUUUGAACAUCAGCCCUGUGGUGAGAGACAUCAUGAUGAAUGGAACCUUCCAAAUCAUCCGCCUUUAUUUCGCCGAGUUCACGAGCUACGACUGGAUUUCCUGGUUCACGCUGAAACUGAGUCCGGUCCUUUCCAGCUUGACUGCAGAGAUGCUCCAGACAGUAACAUCAUAUACCGACUGUGACGCAUACCACAUCAUCGUCGGGGCUCUGAGCAGCCACUUUGAGCAGAUGACAUCGCUGAGACAGCAGGAGCUCACCGCAGUCCUGUUGGGCUACCUAAAGCAGAGUCAGGCAUCAGGCUCAACCUGUGGGUCCGACACCAGCAGCCUCAGUGUUUGGCUUGAAGAGAGCUUUGGCAAAUUCUCUGUCUACGUGGACUACCAAGACCUGCGUGCACUCAACGAGGCAUUUGGGAGUUUCCAGGCACUGGACCUUCUGAGUGCCUCUCAAGUUGCUCAGCUGACCCUAACAUCUGGAGCGCUGAACAACGCAGAUCUGAUCACCAUGGUCUUUGAGCGUCUUGACGGCAGCAAUGCUUUCCAGGAUGUGGACCAGUUCUUGACGGUUCUCACCCAGACCUCGCAGGUUUUGAACAUCAGCCCUGUGGUGAGAGACAUCAUGAUGAAUGGAACCUUCCAAAUCAUCCGCCUUUAUUUCGCCGAGUUCACGAGCUACGACUGGAUUUCCUGGUUCACGCUGAAACUGAGUCCAGUCCUUUCCAGCUUGACUGCAGAGAUGCUCCAGACAGUAACAUCAUAUACCGACUGCAACGCAUACCACAUCAUCGUCGGGGCUCUGAGCAGCCACUUUGAGCAGAUGACAUCGCUGAGACAGCAGGAGCUCACCGCAGUCCUGUUGGGCUACCUAAAGCAGAGUCAGGCAUCAGGCUCAACCUGUGGGUCCGACACCAGCAGCCUCAGUGUUUGGCUUGAAGAGAGCUUUGGCAAAUUCUCUGUCUACGUGGACUACCAAGACCUGCGUGCACUCAACGAGGCAUUUGGAAGUUUCCAGGCACUGGACCUUCUGAGUGCCUCUCAAGUUGCUCAGCUGACCCUAACAUCUGGAGCGCUGAACAACGCAGAUCUGAUCACCAUGGUCUUUGAGCGUCUUGACGGCAGCAAUGCUUUCCAGGAUGUGGACCAGUUCUUGACGGUUCUCACCCAGACCUCGCAGGUUUUGAACAUCAGCCCUGUGGUGAGAGACAUCAUGAUGAAUGGAACCUUCCAAAUCAUCCGCCUUUAUUUCGCCGAGUUCACGAGCUACGACUGGAUUUCCUGGUUCACGCUGAAACUGAGUCCAGUCCUUUCCAGCUUGACUGCAGAGAUGCUCCAGACAGUAACAUCAUAUACCGACUGCAACGCAUACCACAUCAUCGUCGGGGCUCUGAGCAGCCACUUUGAGCAGAUGACAUCGCUGAGACAGCAGGAGCUCACCGCAGUCCUGUUGGGCUACCUAAAGCAGAGUCAGGCAUCAGGCUCAACCUGUGGGUCCGACACCAGCAGCCUCAGUGUUUGGCUUGAAGAGAGCUUUGGCAAAUUCUCUGUCUACGUGGACUACCAAGACCUGCGUGCACUCAACGAGGCAUUUGGAAGUUUCCAGGCACUGGACCUUCUGAGUGCCUCUCAAGUUGCUCAGCUGACCCUAACAUCUGGAGCGCUGAACAACGCAGAUCUGAUCACCAUGGUCUUUGAGCGUCUUGACGGCAGCAAUGCUUUCCAGGAUGUGGACCAGUUCUUGACGGUUCUCACCCAGACCUCGCAGGUUUUGAACAUCAGCCCUGUGGUGAGAGACAUCAUGAUGAAUGGAACCUUCCAAAUCAUCCGCCUUUAUUUCGCCGAGUUCACGAGCUACGACUGGAUUUCCUGGUUCACGCUGAAACUGAGUCCAGUCCUUCCCAGCUUGAAUGCAGAGAUGCUCCAGACAGUAACAUCAUAUACCGACUGCAACACAUACCACAUCAUCGUCGGGGCUCUGAGCAGCCACUUUGAGCAGAUGACAUCGCUGAGACAGCAGGAGCUCACCGCAGUCCUGUUGGGCUACCAAAAGCAGAGUCAGGCAUCAGGCUCAACCUGUGGGUCCGACACCAGCAGCCUCAGUGUUUGGCUUGAAGAGAGCUUUGGCAAAUUCUCUGUCUACGUGGACUACCAAGACCUGCGUGCACUCAACGAGGCAUUUGGAAGUUUCCAGGCACUGGACCUUCUGAGUGCCUCUCAAGUUGCUCAGCUGACCCUAACAUCUGGAGCGCUGAACAACGCAGAUCUGAUCACCAUGGUCUUUGAGCGUCUUGACGGCAGCAAUGCUUUCCAGGAUGUGGACCAGUUCUUGACGGUUCUCACCCAGACCUCGCAGGUUUUGAACAUCAGCCCUGUGGUGAGAGACAUCAUGAUGAAUGGAACCUUCCAAAUCAUCCGCCUUUAUUUCGCCGAGUUCACGAGCUACGACUGGAUUUCCUGGUUCACGCUGAAACUGAGUCCAGUCCUUCCCAGCUUGACUGCAGAGAUGCUCCAGACAGUAACAUCAUAUACCGACUGCAACGCAUACCACAUCAUCGUCGGGGCUCUGAGCAGCCACUUUGAGCAGAUGACAUCGCUGAGACAGCAGGAGCUCACCGCAGUCCUGUUGGGCUACCUAAAGCAGAGUCAGGCAUCAGGCUCAACCUGUGGGUCCGACACCAGCAGCCUCAGUGUUUGGCUUGAAGAGAGCUUUGGCAAAUUCUCUGUCUACGUGGACUACCAAGACCUGCGUGCACUCAACGAGGCAUUUGGAAGUUUCCAGGCACUGGACCUUCUGAGUGCCUCUCAAGUUGCUCAGCUGACCCUAACAUCUGGAGCGCUGAACAACGCAGAUCUGAUCACCAUGGUCUUUGAGCGUCUUGACGGCAGCAAUGCUUUCCAGGAUGUGGACCAGUUCUUGACGGUUCUCACCCAGACCUCGCAGGUUUUGAACAUCAGCCCUGUGGUGAGAGACAUCAUGAUGAAUGGAACCUUCCAAAUCAUCCGCCUUUAUUUCGCCGAGUUCACGAGCUACGACUGGAUUUCCUGGUUCACGCUGAAACUGAGUCCAGUCCUUUCCAGCUUGACUGCAGAGAUGCUCCAGACAGUAACAUCAUAUACCGACUGCAACGCAUACCACAUCAUCGUCGGGGCUCUGAGCAGCCACUUUGAGCAGAUGACAUCGCUAAGACAGCAGGAGCUCACCGCAGUCCUGUUGGGCUACCUAAAGCAGAGUCAGGCAUCAGGCUCAACCUGUGGGUCCGACACCAGCAGCCUCAGUGUUUGGCUUGAAGAGAGCUUUGGCAAAUUCUCUGUCUACGUGGACUACCAAGACCUGCGUGCACUCAACGAGGCAUUUGGAAGUUUCCAGGCACUGGACCUUCUGAGUGCCUCUCAAGUUGCUCAGCUGACCCUAACAUCUGGAGCGCUGAACAACGCAGAUCUGAUCACCAUGGUCUUUGAGCGUCUUGACGGCAGCAAUGCUUUCCAGGAUGUGGACCAGUUCUUGACGGUUCUCACCCAGACCUCGCAGGUUUUGAACAUCAGCCCUGUGGUGAGAGACAUCAUGAUGAAUGGAACCUUCCAAAUCAUCCGCCUUUAUUUCGCCGAGUUCACGAGCUACGACUGGAUUUCCUGGUUCACGCUGAAACUGAGUCCAGUCCUUUCCAGCUUGACUGCAGAGAUGCUCCAGACAGUAACAUCAUAUACCGACUGCAACGCAUACCACAUCAUCGUCGGGGCUCUGAGCAGCCACUUUGAGCAGAUGACAUCGCUAAGACAGCAGGAGCUCACCGCAGUCCUGUUGGGCUACCAAAAGCAGAGUCAGGCAUCAGGCUCAACCUGUGGGUCCGACACCAGCAGCCUCAGUGUUUGGCUUGAAGAGAGCUUUGGCAAAUUCUCUGUCUACGUGGACUACCAAGACCUGCGUGCACUCAACGAGGCAUUUGGAAGUUUCCAGGCACUGGACCUUCUGAGUGCCUCUCAAGUUGCUCAGCUGACCCUAACAUCUGGAGCGCUGAACAACGCAGAUCUGAUCACCAUGGUCUUUGAGCGUCUUGACGGCAGCAAUGCUUUCCAGGAUGUGGACCAGUUCUUGACGGUUCUCACCCAGACCUCGCAGGUUUUGAACAUCAGCCCUGUGGUGAGAGACAUCAUGAUGAAUGGAACCUUCCAAAUCAUCCGCCUUUAUUUCGCCGAGUUCACGAGCUACGACUGGAUUUCCUGGUUCACGCUGAAACUGAGUCCAGUCCUUCCCAGCUUGACUGCAGAGAUGCUCCAGACAGUAACAUCAUAUACCGACUGCAACGCAUACCACAUCAUCGUCGGGGCUCUGAGCAGCCACUUUGAGCAGAUGACAUCGCUGAGACAGCAGGAGCUCACCGCAGUCCUGUUGGGCUACCUAAAGCAGAGUCAGGCAUCAGGCUCAACCUGUGGGUCCGACACCAGCAGCCUCAGUGUUUGGCUUGAAGAGAGCUUUGGCAAAUUCUCUGUCUACGUGGACUACCAAGACCUGCGUGCACUCAACGAGGCAUUUGGAAGUUUCCAGGCACUGGACCUUCUGAGUGCCUCUCAAGUUGCUCAGCUGACCCUAACAUCUGGAGCGCUGAACAACGCAGAUCUGAUCACCAUGGUCUUUGAGCGUCUUGACGGCAGCAAUGCUUUCCAGGAUGUGGACCAGUUCUUGACGGUUCUCACCCAGACCUCGCAGGUUUUGAACAUCAGCCCUGUGGUGAGAGACAUCAUGAUGAAUGGAACCUUCCAAAUCAUCCGCCUUUAUUUCGCCGAGUUCACGAGCUACGACUGGAUUUCCUGGUUCACGCUGAAACUGAGUCCAGUCCUUUCCAGCUUGACUGCAGAGAUGCUCCAGACAGUAACAUCAUAUACCGACUGCAACGCAUACCACAUCAUCGUCGGGGCUCUGAGCAGCCACUUUGAGCAGAUGACAUCGCUAAGACAGCAGGAGCUCACCGCAGUCCUGUUGGGCUACCUAAAGCAGAGUCAGGCAUCAGGCUCAACCUGUGGGUCCGUCACCAGCAGCCUCAGUGUUUGGCUUGAAGAGAGCUUUGGCAAAUUCUCUGUCUACGUGGACUACCAAGACCUGCGUGCACUCAACGAGGCAUUUGGAAGUUUCCAGGCACUGGACCUUCUGAGUGCCUCUCAAGUUGCUCAGCUGACCCUAACAUCUGGAGCGCUGAACAACGCAGAUCUGAUCACCAUGGUCUUUGAGCGUCUUGACGGCAGCAAUGCUUUCCAGGAUGUGGACCAGUUCUUGACGGUUCUCACCCAGACCUCGCAGGUUUUGAACAUCAGCCCUGUGGUGAGAGACAUCAUGAUGAAUGGAACCUUCCAAAUCAUCCGCCUUUAUUUCGCCGAGUUCACGAGCUACGACUGGAUUUCCUGGUUCACGCUGAAACUGAGUCCAGUCCUUUCCAGCUUGACUGCAGAGAUGCUCCAGACAGUAACAUCAUAUACCGACUGCAACGCAUACCACAUCAUCGUCGGGGCUCUGAGCAGCCACUUUGAGCAGAUGACAUCGCUAAGACAGCAGGAGCUCACCGCAGUCCUGUUGGGCUACCUAAAGCAGAGUCAGGCAUCAGGCUCAACCUGUGGGUCCGUCACCAGCAGCCUCAGUGUUUGGCUUGAAGAGAGCUUUGGCAAAUUCUCUGUCUACGUGGACUACCAAGACCUGCGUGCACUCAACGAGGCAUUUGGAAGUUUCCAGGCACUGGACCUUCUGAGUGCCUCUCAAGUUGCUCAGCUGACCCUAACAUCUGGAGCGCUGAACAACGCAGAUCUGAUCACCAUGGUCUUUGAGCGUCUUGACGGCAGCAAUGCUUUCCAGGAUGUGGACCAGUUCUUGACGGUUCUCACCCAGACCUCGCAGGUUUUGAACAUCAGCCCUGUGGUGAGAGACAUCAUGAUGAAUGGAACCUUCCAAAUCAUCCGCCUUUAUUUCGCCGAGUUCACGAGCUACGACUGGAUUUCCUGGUUCACGCUGAAACUGAGUCCAGUCCUUUCCAGCUUGACUGCAGAGAUGCUCCAGACAGUAACAUCAUAUACCGACUGCAACGCAUACCACAUCAUCGUCGGGGCUCUGAGCAGCCACUUUGAGCAGAUGACAUCGCUGAGACAGCAGGAGCUCACCGCAGUCCUGUUGGGCUACCAAAAGCAGAGUCAGGCAUCAGGCUCAACCUGUGGGUCCGACACCAGCAGCCUCAGUGUUUGGCUUGAAGAGAGCUUUGGCAAAUUCUCUGUCUACGUGGACUACCAAGACCUGCGUGCACUCAACGAGGCAUUUGGAAGUUUCCAGGCACUGGACCUUCUGAGUGCCUCUCAAGUUGCUCAGCUGACCCUAACAUCUGGAGCGCUGAACAACGCAGAUCUGAUCACCAUGGUCUUUGAGCGUCUUGACGGCAGCAAUGCUUUCCAGGAUGUGGACCAGUUCUUGACGGUUCUCACCCAGACCUCGCAGGUUUUGAACAUCAGCCCUGUGGUGAGAGACAUCAUGAUGAAUGGAACCUUCCAAAUCAUCCGCCUUUAUUUCGCCGAGUUCACGAGCUACGACUGGAUUUCCUGGUUCACGCUGAAACUGAGUCCAGUCCUUUCCAGCUUGACUGCAGAGAUGCUCCAGACAGUAACAUCAUAUACCGACUGCAACGCAUACCACAUCAUCGUCGGGGCUCUGAGCAGCCACUUUGAGCAGAUGACAUCGCUAAGACAGCAGGAGCUCACCGCAGUCCUGUUGGGCUACCUAAAGCAGAGUCAGGCAUCAGGCUCAACCUGUGGGUCCGACACCAGCAGCCUCAGUGUUUGGCUUGAAGAGAGCUUUGGCAAAUUCUCUGUCUACGUGGACUACCAAGACCUGCGUGCACUCAACGAGGCAUUUGGAAGUUUCCAGGCACUGGACCUUCUGAGUGCCUCUCAAGUUGCUCAGCUGACCCUAACAUCUGGAGCGCUGAACAACGCAGAUCUGAUCACCAUGGUCUUUGAGCGUCUUGACGGCAGCAAUGCUUUCCAGGAUGUGGACCAGUUCUUGACGGUUCUCACCCAGACCUCGCAGGUUUUGAACAUCAGCCCUGUGGUGAGAGACAUCAUGAUGAAUGGAACCUUCCAAAUCAUCCGCCUUUAUUUCGCCGAGUUCACGAGCUACGACUGGAUUUCCUGGUUCACGCUGAAACUGAGUCCAGUCCUUUCCAGCUUGACUGCAGAGAUGCUCCAGACAGUAACAUCAUAUACCGACUGCAACGCAUACCACAUCAUCGUCGGGGCUCUGAGCAGCCACUUUGAGCAGAUGACAUCGCUGAGACAGCAGGAGCUCACCGCAGUCCUGUUGGGCUACCUAAAGCAGAGUCAGGCAUCAGGCUCAACCUGUGGGUCCGUCACCAGCAGCCUCAGUGUUUGGCUUGAAGAGAGCUUUGGCAAAUUCUCUGUCUACGUGGACUACCAAGACCUGCGUGCACUCAACGAGGCAUUUGGAAGUUUCCAGGCACUGGACCUUCUGAGUGCCUCUCAAGUUGCUCAGCUGACCCUAACAUCUGGAGCGCUGAACAACGCAGAUCUGAUCACCAUGGUCUUUGAGCGUCUUGACGGCAGCAAUGCUUUCCAGGAUGUGGACCAGUUCUUGACGGUUCUCACCCAGACCUCGCAGGUUUUGAACAUCAGCCCUGUGGUGAGAGACAUCAUGAUGAAUGGAACCUUCCAAAUCAUCCGCCUUUAUUUCGCCGAGUUCACGAGCUACGACUGGAUUUCCUGGUUCACGCUGAAACUGAGUCCAGUCCUUUCCAGCUUGACUGCAGAGAUGCUCCAGACAGUAACAUCAUAUACCGACUGCAACGCAUACCACAUCAUCGUCGGGGCUCUGAGCAGCCACUUUGAGCAGAUGACAUCGCUAAGACAGCAGGAGCUCACCGCAGUCCUGUUGGGCUACCUAAAGCAGAGUCAGGCAUCAGGCUCAACCUGUGGGUCCGACACCAGCAGCCUCAGUGUUUGGCUUGAAGAGAGCUUUGGCAAAUUCUCUGUCUACGUGGACUACCAAGACCUGCGUGCACUCAACGAGGCAUUUGGAAGUUUCCAGGCACUGGACCUUCUGAGUGCCUCUCAAGUUGCUCAGCUGACCCUAACAUCUGGAGCGCUGAACAACGCAGAUCUGAUCACCAUGGUCUUUGAGCGUCUUGACGGCAGCAAUGCUUUCCAGGAUGUGGACCAGUUCUUGACGGUUCUCACCCAGACCUCGCAGGUUUUGAACAUCAGCCCUGUGGUGAGAGACAUCAUGAUGAAUGGAACCUUCCAAAUCAUCCGCCUUUAUUUCGCCGAGUUCACGAGCUACGACUGGAUUUCCUGGUUCACGCUGAAACUGAGUCCAGUCCUUUCCAGCUUGACUGCAGAGAUGCUCCAGACAGUAACAUCAUAUACCGACUGCAACGCAUACCACAUCAUCGUCGGGGCUCUGAGCAGCCACUUUGAGCAGAUGACAUCGCUAAGACAGCAGGAGCUCACCGCAGUCCUGUUGGGCUACCUAAAGCAGAGUCAGGCAUCAGGCUCAACCUGUGGGUCCGACACCAGCAGCCUCAGUGUUUGGCUUGAAGAGAGCUUUGGCAAAUUCUCUGUCUACGUGGACUACCAAGACCUGCGUGCACUCAACGAGGCAUUUGGAAGUUUCCAGGCACUGGACCUUCUGAGUGCCUCUCAAGUUGCUCAGCUGACCCUAACAUCUGGAGCGCUGAACAACGCAGAUCUGAUCACCAUGGUCUUUGAGCGUCUUGACGGCAGCAAUGCUUUCCAGGAUGUGGACCAGUUCUUGACGGUUCUCACCCAGACCUCGCAGGUUUUGAACAUCAGCCCUGUGGUGAGAGACAUCAUGAUGAAUGGAACCUUCCAAAUCAUCCGCCUUUAUUUCGCCGAGUUCACGAGCUACGACUGGAUUUCCUGGUUCACGCUGAAACUGAGUCCAGUCCUUUCCAGCUUGACUGCAGAGAUGCUCCAGACAGUAACAUCAUAUACCGACUGCAACGCAUACCACAUCAUCGUCGGGGCUCUGAGCAGCCACUUUGAGCAGAUGACAUCGCUAAGACAGCAGGAGCUCACCGCAGUCCUGUUGGGCUACCUAAAGCAGAGUCAGGCAUCAGGCUCAACCUGUGGGUCCGACACCAGCAGCCUCAGUGUUUGGCUUGAAGAGAGCUUUGGCAAAUUCUCUGUCUACGUGGACUACCAAGACCUGCGUGCACUCAACGAGGCAUUUGGAAGUUUCCAGGCACUGGACCUUCUGAGUGCCUCUCAAGUUGCUCAGCUGACCCUAACAUCUGGAGCGCUGAACAACGCAGAUCUGAUCACCAUGGUCUUUGAGCGUCUUGACGGCAGCAAUGCUUUCCAGGAUGUGGACCAGUUCUUGACGGUUCUCACCCAGACCUCGCAGGUUUUGAACAUCAGCCCUGUGGUGAGAGACAUCAUGAUGAAUGGAACCUUCCAAAUCAUCCGCCUUUAUUUCGCCGAGUUCACGAGCUACGACUGGAUUUCCUGGUUCACGCUGAAACUGAGUCCAGUCCUUUCCAGCUUGACUGCAGAGAUGCUCCAGACAGUAACAUCAUAUACCGACUGCAACGCAUACCACAUCAUCGUCGGGGCUCUGAGCAGCCACUUUGAGCAGAUGACAUCGCUGAGACAGCAGGAGCUCACCGCAGUCCUGUUGGGCUACCUAAAGCAGAGUCAGGCAUCAGGCUCAACCUGUGGGUCCGUCACCAGCAGCCUCAGUGUUUGGCUUGAAGAGAGCUUUGGCAAAUUCUCUGUCUACGUGGACUACCAAGACCUGCGUGCACUCAACGAGGCAUUUGGAAGUUUCCAGGCACUGGACCUUCUGAGUGCCUCUCAAGUUGCUCAGCUGACCCUAACAUCUGGAGCGCUGAACAACGCAGAUCUGAUCACCAUGGUCUUUGAGCGUCUUGACGGCAGCAAUGCUUUCCAGGAUGUGGACCAGUUCUUGACGGUUCUCACCCAGACCUCGCAGGUUUUGAACAUCAGCCCUGUGGUGAGAGACAUCAUGAUGAAUGGAACCUUCCAAAUCAUCCGCCUUUAUUUCGCCGAGUUCACGAGCUACGACUGGAUUUCCUGGUUCACGCUGAAACUGAGUCCAGUCCUUUCCAGCUUGACUGCAGAGAUGCUCCAGACAGUAACAUCAUAUACCGACUGCAACGCAUACCACAUCAUCGUCGGGGCUCUGAGCAGCCACUUUGAGCAGAUGACAUCGCUAAGACAGCAGGAGCUCACCGCAGUCCUGUUGGGCUACCUAAAGCAGAGUCAGGCAUCAGGCUCAACCUGUGGGUCCGACACCAGCAGCCUCAGUGUUUGGCUUGAAGAGAGCUUUGGCAAAUUCUCUGUCUACGUGGACUACCAAGACCUGCGUGCACUCAACGAGGCAUUUGGAAGUUUCCAGGCACUGGACCUUCUGAGUGCCUCUCAAGUUGCUCAGCUGACCCUAACAUCUGGAGCGCUGAACAACGCAGAUCUGAUCACCAUGGUCUUUGAGCGUCUUGACGGCAGCAAUGCUUUCCAGGAUGUGGACCAGUUCUUGACGGUUCUCACCCAGACCUCGCAGGUUUUGAACAUCAGCCCUGUGGUGAGAGACAUCAUGAUGAAUGGAACCUUCCAAAUCAUCCGCCUUUAUUUCGCCGAGUUCACGAGCUACGACUGGAUUUCCUGGUUCACGCUGAAACUGAGUCCAGUCCUUUCCAGCUUGACUGCAGAGAUGCUCCAGACAGUAACAUCAUAUACCGACUGCAACGCAUACCACAUCAUCGUCGGGGCUCUGAGCAGCCACUUUGAGCAGAUGACAUCGCUGAGACAGCAGGAGCUCACCGCAGUCCUGUUGGGCUACCUAAAGCAGAGUCAGGCAUCAGGCUCAACCUGUGGGUCCGACACCAGCAGCCUCAGUGUUUGGCUUGAAGAGAGCUUUGGCAAAUUCUCUGUCUACGUGGACUACCAAGACCUGCGUGCACUCAACGAGGCAUUUGGAAGUUUCCAGGCACUGGACCUUCUGAGUGCCUCUCAAGUUGCUCAGCUGACCCUAACAUCUGGAGCGCUGAACAACGCAGAUCUGAUCACCAUGGUCUUUGAGCGUCUUGACGGCAGCAAUGCUUUCCAGGAUGUGGACCAGUUCUUGACGGUUCUCACCCAGACCUCGCAGGUUUUGAACAUCAGCCCUGUGGUGAGAGACAUCAUGAUGAAUGGAACCUUCCAAAUCAUCCGCCUUUAUUUCGCCGAGUUCACGAGCUACGACUGGAUUUCCUGGUUCACGCUGAAACUGAGUCCAGUCCUUUCCAGCUUGACUGCAGAGAUGCUCCAGACAGUAACAUCAUAUACCGACUGCAACGCAUACCACAUCAUCGUCGGGGCUCUGAGCAGCCACUUUGAGCAGAUGACAUCGCUGAGACAGCAGGAGCUCACCGCAGUCCUGUUGGGCUACCUAAAGCAGAGUCAGGCAUCAGGCUCAACCUGUGGGUCCGACACCAGCAGCCUCAGUGUUUGGCUUGAAGAGAGCUUUGGCAAAUUCUCUGUCUACGUGGACUACCAAGACCUGCGUGCACUCAACGAGGCAUUUGGAAGUUUCCAGGCACUGGACCUUCUGAGUGCCUCUCAAGUUGCUCAGCUGACCCUAACAUCUGGAGCGCUGAACAACGCAGAUCUGAUCACCAUGGUCUUUGAGCGUCUUGACGGCAGCAAUGCUUUCCAGGAUGUGGACCAGUUCUUGACGGUUCUCACCCAGACCUCGCAGGUUUUGAACAUCAGCCCUGUGGUGAGAGACAUCAUGAUGAAUGGAACCUUCCAAAUCAUCCGCCUUUAUUUCGCCGAGUUCACGAGCUACGACUGGAUUUCCUGGUUCACGCUGAAACUGAGUCCAGUCCUUCCCAGCUUGACUGCAGAGAUGCUCCAGACAGUAACAUCAUAUACCGACUGCAACGCAUACCACAUCAUCGUCGGGGCUCUGAGCAGCCACUUUGAGCAGAUGACAUCGCUAAGACAGCAGGAGCUCACCGCAGUCCUGUUGGGCUACCUAAAGCAGAGUCAGGCAUCAGGCUCAACCUGUGGGUCCGACACCAGCAGCCUCAGUGUUUGGCUUGAAGAGAGCUUUGGCAAAUUCUCUGUCUACGUGGACUACCAAGACCUGCGUGCACUCAACGAGGCAUUUGGAAGUUUCCAGGCACUGGACCUUCUGAGUGCCUCUCAAGUUGCUCAGCUGACCCUAACAUCUGGAGCGCUGAACAACGCAGAUCUGAUCACCAUGGUCUUUGAGCGUCUUGACGGCAGCAAUGCUUUCCAGGAUGUGGACCAGUUCUUGACGGUUCUCACCCAGACCUCGCAGGUUUUGAACAUCAGCCCUGUGGUGAGAGACAUCAUGAUGAAUGGAACCUUCCAAAUCAUCCGCCUUUAUUUCGCCGAGUUCACGAGCUACGACUGGAUUUCCUGGUUCACGCUGAAACUGAGUCCAGUCCUUCCCAGCUUGAAUGCAGAGAUGCUCCAGACAGUAACAUCAUAUACCGACUGCAACACAUACCACAUCAUCGUCGGGGCUCUGAGCAGCCACUUUGAGCAGAUGACAUCGCUGAGACAGCAGGAGCUCACCGCAGUCCUGUUGGGCUACCUAAAGCAGAGUCAGGCAUCAGGCUCAACCUGUGGGUCCGACACCAGCAGCCUCAGUGUUUGGCUUGAAGAGAGCUUUGGCAAAUUCUCUGUCUACGUGGACUACCAAGACCUGCGUGCACUCAACGAGGCAUUUGGAAGUUUCCAGGCACUGGACCUUCUGAGUGCCUCUCAAGUUGCUCAGCUGACCCUAACAUCUGGAGCGCUGAACAACGCAGAUCUGAUCACCAUGGUCUUUGAGCGUCUUGACGGCAGCAAUGCUUUCCAGGAUGUGGACCAGUUCUUGACGGUUCUCACCCAGACCUCGCAGGUUUUGAACAUCAGCCCUGUGGUGAGAGACAUCAUGAUGAAUGGAACCUUCCAAAUCAUCCGCCUUUAUUUCGCCGAGUUCACGAGCUACGACUGGAUUUCCUGGUUCACGCUGAAACUGAGUCCAGUCCUUUCCAGCUUGACUGCAGAGAUGCUCCAGACAGUAACAUCAUAUACCGACUGCAACGCAUACCACAUCAUCGUCGGGGCUCUGAGCAGCCACUUUGAGCAGAUGACAUCGCUGAGACAGCAGGAGCUCACCGCAGUCCUGUUGGGCUACCUAAAGCAGAGUCAGGCAUCAGGCUCAACCUGUGGGUCCGACACCAGCAGCCUCAGUGUUUGGCUUGAAGAGAGCUUUGGCAAAUUCUCUGUCUACGUGGACUACCAAGACCUGCGUGCACUCAACGAGGCAUUUGGAAGUUUCCAGGCACUGGACCUUCUGAGUGCCUCUCAAGUUGCUCAGCUGACCCUAACAUCUGGAGCGCUGAACAACGCGGAUCUGAUCACCAUGGUCUUUGAGCGUCUUGACGGCAGCAAUGCUUUCCAGGAUGUGGACCAGUUCUUGACGGUUCUCACCCAGACCUCGCAGGUUUUGAACAUCAGCCCUGUGGUGAGAGACAUCAUGAUGAAUGGAACCUUCCAAAUCAUCCGCCUUUAUUUCGCCGAGUUCACGAGCUACGACUGGAUUUCCUGGUUCACGCUGAAACUGAGUCCAGUCCUUUCCAGCUUGACUGCAGAGAUGCUCCAGACAGUAACAUCAUAUACCGACUGCAACGCAUACCACAUCAUCGUCGGGGCUCUGAGCAGCCACUUUGAGCAGAUGACAUCGCUAAGACAGCAGGAGCUCACCGCAGUCCUGUUGGGCUACCAAAAGCAGAGUCAGGCAUCAGGCUCAACCUGUGGGUCCGACACCAGCAGCCUCAGUGUUUGGCUUGAAGAGAGCUUUGGCAAAUUCUCUGUCUACGUGGACUACCAAGACCUACGUGCACUCAACGAGGCAUUUGGAAGUUUCCAGGCACUGGACCUUCUGAGUGCCUCUCAAGUUGCUCAGCUGACCCUAACAUCUGGAGCGCUGAACAACGCAGAUCUGAUCACCAUGGUCUUUGAGCGUCUUGACGGCAGCAAUGCUUUCCAGGAUGUGGACCAGUUCUUGACGGUUCUCACCCAGACCUCGCAGGUUUUGAACAUCAGCCCUGUGGUGAGAGACAUCAUGAUGAAUGGAACCUUCCAAAUCAUCCGCCUUUAUUUCGCCGAGUUCACGAGCUACGACUGGAUUUCCUGGUUCACGCUGAAACUGAGUCCAGUCCUUUCCAGCUUGACUGCAGAGAUGCUCCAGACAGUAACAUCAUAUACCGACUGCAACGCAUACCACAUCAUCGUCGGGGCUCUGAGCAGCCACUUUGAGCAGAUGACAUCGCUAAGACAGCAGGAGCUCACCGCAGUCCUGUUGGGCUACCAAAAGCAGAGUCAGGCAUCAGGCUCAACCUGUGGGUCCGACACCAGCAGCCUCAGUGUUUGGCUUGAAGAGAGCUUUGGCAAAUUCUCUGUCUACGUGGACUACCAAGACCUGCGUGCACUCAACGAGGCAUUUGGAAGUUUCCAGGCACUGGACCUUCUGAGUGCCUCUCAAGUUGCUCAGCUGACCCUAACAUCUGGAGCGCUGAACAACGCAGAUCUGAUCACCAUGGUCUUUGAGCGUCUUGACGGCAGCAAUGCUUUCCAGGAUGUGGACCAGUUCUUGACGGUUCUCACCCAGACCUCGCAGGUUUUGAACAUCAGCCCUGUGGUGAGAGACAUCAUGAUGAAUGGAACCUUCCAAAUCAUCCGCCUUUAUUUCGCCGAGUUCACGAGCUACGACUGGAUUUCCUGGUUCACGCUGAAACUGAGUCCAGUCCUUUCCAGCUUGACUGCAGAGAUGCUCCAGACAGUAACAUCAUAUACCGACUGCAACGCAUACCACAUCAUCGUCGGGGCUCUGAGCAGCCACUUUGAGCAGAUGACAUCGCUGAGACAGCAGGAGCUCACCGCAGUCCUGUUGGGCUACCUAAAGCAGAGUCAGGCAUCAGGCUCAACCUGUGGGUCCGACACCAGCAGCCUCAGUGUUUGGCUUGAAGAGAGCUUUGGCAAAUUCUCUGUCUACGUGGACUACCAAGACCUGCGUGCACUCAACGAGGCAUUUGGAAGUUUCCAGGCACUGGACCUUCUGAGUGCCUCUCAAGUUGCUCAGCUGACCCUAACAUCUGGAGCGCUGAACAACGCAGAUCUGAUCACCAUGGUCUUUGAGCGUCUUGACGGCAGCAAUGCUUUCCAGGAUGUGGACCAGUUCUUGACGGUUCUCACCCAGACCUCGCAGGUUUUGAACAUCAGCCCUGUGGUGAGAGACAUCAUGAUGAAUGGAACCUUCCAAAUCAUCCGCCUUUAUUUCGCCGAGUUCACGAGCUACGACUGGAUUUCCUGGUUCACGCUGAAACUGAGUCCAGUCCUUUCCAGCUUGACUGCAGAGAUGCUCCAGACAGUAACAUCAUAUACCGACUGCAACGCAUACCACAUCAUCGUCGGGGCUCUGAGCAGCCACUUUGAGCAGAUGACAUCGCUGAGACAGCAGGAGCUCACCGCAGUCCUGUUGGGCUACCUAAAGCAGAGUCAGGCAUCAGGCUCAACCUGUGGGUCCGUCACCAGCAGCCUCAGUGUUUGGCUUGAAGAGAGCUUUGGCAAAUUCUCUGUCUACGUGGACUACCAAGACCUGCGUGCACUCAACGAGGCAUUUGGAAGUUUCCAGGCACUGGACCUUCUGAGUGCCUCUCAAGUUGCUCAGCUGACCCUAACAUCUGGAGCGCUGAACAACGCAGAUCUGAUCACCAUGGUCUUUGAGCGUCUUGACGGCAGCAAUGCUUUCCAGGAUGUGGACCAGUUCUUGACGGUUCUCACCCAGACCUCGCAGGUUUUGAACAUCAGCCCUGUGGUGAGAGACAUCAUGAUGAAUGGAACCUUCCAAAUCAUCCGCCUUUAUUUCGCCGAGUUCACGAGCUACGACUGGAUUUCCUGGUUCACGCUGAAACUGAGUCCAGUCCUUUCCAGCUUGACUGCAGAGAUGCUCCAGACAGUAACAUCAUAUACCGACUGCAACGCAUACCACAUCAUCGUCGGGGCUCUGAGCAGCCACUUUGAGCAGAUGACAUCGCUGAGACAGCAGGAGCUCACCGCAGUCCUGUUGGGCUACCUAAAGCAGAGUCAGGCAUCAGGCUCAACCUGUGGGUCCGUCACCAGCAGCCUCAGUGUUUGGCUUGAAGAGAGCUUUGGCAAAUUCUCUGUCUACGUGGACUACCAAGACCUGCGUGCACUCAACGAGGCAUUUGGAAGUUUCCAGGCACUGGACCUUCUGAGUGCCUCUCAAGUUGCUCAGCUGACCCUAACAUCUGGAGCGCUGAACAACGCAGAUCUGAUCACCAUGGUCUUUGAGCGUCUUGACGGCAGCAAUGCUUUCCAGGAUGUGGACCAGUUCUUGACGGUUCUCACCCAGACCUCGCAGGUUUUGAACAUCAGCCCUGUGGUGAGAGACAUCAUGAUGAAUGGAACCUUCCAAAUCAUCCGCCUUUAUUUCGCCGAGUUCACGAGCUACGACUGGAUUUCCUGGUUCACGCUGAAACUGAGUCCAGUCCUUUCCAGCUUGACUGCAGAGAUGCUCCAGACAGUAACAUCAUAUACCGACUGCAACGCAUACCACAUCAUCGUCGGGGCUCUGAGCAGCCACUUUGAGCAGAUGACAUCGCUAAGACAGCAGGAGCUCACCGCAGUCCUGUUGGGCUACCUAAAGCAGAGUCAGGCAUCAGGCUCAACCUGUGGGUCCGUCACCAGCAGCCUCAGUGUUUGGCUUGAAGAGAGCUUUGGCAAAUUCUCUGUCUACGUGGACUACCAAGACCUGCGUGCACUCAACGAGGCAUUUGGAAGUUUCCAGGCACUGGACCUUCUGAGUGCCUCUCAAGUUGCUCAGCUGACCCUAACAUCUGGAGCGCUGAACAACGCAGAUCUGAUCACCAUGGUCUUUGAGCGUCUUGACGGCAGCAAUGCUUUCCAGGAUGUGGACCAGUUCUUGACGGUUCUCACCCAGACCUCGCAGGUUUUGAACAUCAGCCCUGUGGUGAGAGACAUCAUGAUGAAUGGAACCUUCCAAAUCAUCCGCCUUUAUUUCGCCGAGUUCACGAGCUACGACUGGAUUUCCUGGUUCACGCUGAAACUGAGUCCAGUCCUUUCCAGCUUGACUGCAGAGAUGCUCCAGACAGUAACAUCAUAUACCGACUGCAACGCAUACCACAUCAUCGUCGGGGCUCUGAGCAGCCACUUUGAGCAGAUGACAUCGCUAAGACAGCAGGAGCUCACCGCAGUCCUGUUGGGCUACCUAAAGCAGAGUCAGGCAUCAGGCUCAACCUGUGGGUCCGUCACCAGCAGCCUCAGUGUUUGGCUUGAAGAGAGCUUUGGCAAAUUCUCUGUCUACGUGGACUACCAAGACCUGCGUGCACUCAACGAGGCAUUUGGGAGUUUCCAGGCACUGAACCUUCUGAGUGCCUCUCAAGUUGCUCAGCUGACCCUAACAUCUGGAGCGCUGAACAAUGCAGAUUUAAUCACCAUGGUCUUUGAGCGUCUUGACGGCAGCAAUGCUUUCCAGGAUGUGGACCAGUUCUUGACGGUUCUAACCCAGACCUCGCAGGUUUUGAACAUCAGCCCUGUGGUGAGAGACAUCAUGAUGAAUGGAACCUUCCAAAUCAUCCGCCUUUAUUUCGCCGAGUUCACGAGCUACGACUGGAUUUCCUGGUUCACGCUGAAACUGAGUCCAGUCCUUCCCAGCUUGACUGCAGAGAUGCUCCAGACAGUAACAUCAUAUACCGACUGCAACGCAUACCACAUCAUCGUCGGGGCUCUGAGCAGCCACUUUGAGCAGAUGACAUCGCUGAGACAGCAGGAGCUCACCGCAGUCCUGUUGGGCUACCUAAAGCAGAGUCAGGCAUCAGGCUUAGCUUGUGGGUCUGUCAUCAACAGCCUCAGUGUUUGGCUUGAGGAAAACUUUGGCAAAUUCUCUUUUUUUGUGAAUUACGAAGACCUUAUUAAUGAAGGAUUUGUACAGAAAUUGGACCCUGUGAGCACCUCUCAAUCUGCUCCACUAACAUCUGGAGUGCUUAACAACUCAGAGAACCAAGAACAAUCAACUUUGACCACCAAACAAACACAGUCUUCACAAAAUAUUAUACUCAAGCAAACAUCAUCAGCAACUGUUUCUACGGAUCCUUUGAGUUCUGUUGCAUCCCCUGACAGGUCUCCUCAUCAACUAAGCACAACAAUUGCAUCUGGAAAUGUUUUGACUUCACAUUUAACACAGAAUGCUCCCAUAACCACUUUCAAUAUUUUGGGUUCAUCAAAACCAUCUGUUCCAGUUGACUUCACAACUGCUGCAGUUCCUGAAGAUCAGUCAAGCACAACUGUUCCUUUUGACCAAUCAAGCAAUAUAGGUCCUAGUCUAUUAUCCACAGCGGUUCCUAAUCAAUCAAGUACAACUGCACAUAAUGGUCCCUUGACCGAUAAAGGUUAUUUGUAUUCAUCAAAUACAUAUGUUCCUGAUGAUUCCACAGCCGCUGCAGUUCCUAAUGGUUUGUCAAGCACAACUGCUGAUAAUGGACCUGUCACCACUAAAGAACCUUUGGAUUCAAAGACCUAUGUUCCAGUUGAUUUCACAACCGCUGCAGUUUCUGCAGGUCAGUCAAGCACAUCUGUUUCUCUAGACGAAUCAAGCAACGUCGUUUUUCCUAGUCUAUUAACCACAACAGCUGCUUCUGAUCAGUCAAGCACAAAUGCACCUAAUUACCCUGUCACCACUACAGGUCUUUUGAGUUCAUCAACGGUUACUGUUUCAAAUGAUUACACCACUGCUGCAGUUCCUAUUGAUCUGUCAAGCACAACUCUUUCUUCAGGCCAUUUAAGCAAUGUCUUUCCUAAUGAUAUGUCAGAUACAACUGCUUAUAAUGUUCCAAUCACCACUAAAGAACCUUUGGACUCAUCAAGGACAUAUAUUCAUGUUGAUUCCACAACUGCUACAGCUCCUGUAGGUCAAUCAGGCACAACUGUUCCUCUGGACCAAUCAAGCAACAUAGUUCCUCCUAGUCUAUUAACCACAACAGCUGCUUCUGGUCAAUCCAGCACAAAUGCACCUAAUGGUUCCAUCACCACAAAAGACCCUUUGAGGUCCAAGACGUCUGUUCCUGAUGAUUCUACAACUGCUCCAGUUCCUACUGAUCUGUCAAAUACAACUGCUGAUAACGAUCCAGUCACCACGGAAGAACCUUUGGACUCAAAAACAUAUGUUUCUGUUGAUUCCACAACUGCUGCAGUUCCUGUAGGUCAGUCAAGCACAGCUGUUCCUCUAGACCAAUCAAGCAACAUAGUUCAUCCUAGUCUAUUAACCACAACAACUGCUUCUGAUCAAUUAAGCACAAAUGCUACGAAUGGUCCCGUCACCACUAAAGACCCUUUGAGUUCCAAGACAACUGCUCUUGAUGAUUCUACAACUGCUCCAGUUCCUGCAGGUCAGUCAACCACAACUCUUUCUCUAGGCCAUUCAACUAGUGGAGUUCCUAAUGAUCUGUUUAGUACAACUGCUGAUAAUGGACCAGUCACCACUAAAGAACCUUUGGAUUCAAAGACAUAUGUUUCUGUUGAUUCAACAACUGCUGCAGUUCCGACAGUUCAGUCAAGCACCACUGUUUCUCCUGACCAAUCAAGCAACAUAGUUCUUCCUAGUAUAUUAACCACAACAACUGCUUCUGAUCAAUCAAGCACAAAUGCACCUAAUGGUCACAUUACAACUAUGGGCCCUUUGAGUUCCAAGACAUCUGUUUCUGAUGAUUCUACAACUGCUUCAGUUCCUGCAGGUCACUCUAGCACAACUCUUUCACCAGGCCAACCAAUCAGUGGAGUUCCUAAUGAUCUGUCAAGCACAACUACUAAUAAUAGACCAAUCACCACUAAAGAACCUUUGGAAUCAAAGACAUAUGUUUCUGUUGAUUCCACAACUGCUGCAGUUCUGACAGGUCAGUCAAGCACAUCUGUUCCUCUUGACCAAUCAAGCAACACAGUCCUUCCUAGUAUAUUAAUCACAAUUGCUGCUUCUGAUCAAUCAAGCACAAUUGCACCGAAUGGUGGCAUCACCACUAAGGACCCUUUGAGUUCCAAGACAUCUGUUCCUAAUGAUUCUACAACUGCUCAAGUUCUUGCAAGUCAGUCAAGCACAACUCUUUCUCCAGGCCAAUCAAUCAGUGGAAUUCCUAAUGAUCUGUCAAACACAACUGCUGAUGACAGUUCAGUCACCACUAAAGAACCUUUGGACUCCAAGACAUAUGUUUCUGUUGAUUCCACAACUGCUGCAGUUCCUGUAGGUCAGUCAAGCACCACUGUUUCUCCUGACCAAUCAAGCAACAUAGUUCUUCCUAGUUUAUUAACCACAACAACUGCUUCUGAUCAAUCAAGCACAAAUGCACCGAAUGGUCCCGUCACCACUAAGGACCCUUUGAGUUCCAAGACGUCUGUUCCUGAUGAUUCCAUAGCCACUGUAGUUCCUACUGAGCUGUCAAGCACACCCCUUUCUCCGGGUCAUCCAAGCAAUGCAGUUCCAAAUGAUCUGUUAAGCACAACUACUAAUAAUGGACCAAUCACCACUAAAGAACCUUUGGAACCAAAGACAUAUGUUUCUGUUGAUUCCACAACUGCUGCAGUUCCUGUAGGUCAGUCAAGCACAACUGUUCCUCUAGAAAAAUCAAGCAACAUAGUUCCUCCUAGUCUAUUAACCACAACGGCUGCUUCCGGUCAGUCAAGCACAAAGGCACCUAACGGUUCCAUCACCACUAAAGACCCUUUGAGUUCCAAGACAUCUGUUCCUAAUGAUUCUACAAAUGCUACAGGUCCUGCAGGUCAGUCAAUUACAACUCUUUCUCCAGGCCAAUCAAUCAGUGGAGUUCCUAAUGAUCUGUCAAGCACAACUGCUGAUGACAGUUCAGUCACCACUAAAGAACCUUUGGACUCUAAGACAUAUGUUUCUGUUGAUUCCACAACUGCUGCAGUUCCUGUAGGUCAGUCAAGCACAACUGUUCCUCUAGACCAAUCAAGCAAUGUAGUUCUUCCUAGUCUAUUAAUCACAACAGCUGCUUCUGAUCAAUCAAGCACAAAUGCACCGAAUGGUGGCAUCACCACUAAGGACCCUUUGAGUUCCAAGACAUCAUCUCUUAAUGAUUCUACAACUGCUCCAGUUCCUGCAGGUCAGUCAAGCACAACUCUUUCUCCAGGCCAAUCAAUCAGUGGAGUUCCUGAUGAUCUGUCAAGCACAACUGCUAAUAACAAUUCAGUCACCACUAAAGAACCUUUGGAUUUAAAUACAUAUGUUUCUGUUGAAUCCACAACUGCUGCAGUUCCUGAAGGUCAGUCAAGCACCACUGUUUCUCCUGACCAAUCAAGCAACAUAGUUCUUCCUAGUUUAUUAACCACAACAACUGCUUCUGAUCAAUCAAGCACAAAUGCACCGAAUGGUCCCGUCACCACUAAGGACCCUUUGAGUUCCAAGACGUCUGUUCCUGAUGAUUCCAUAGCCACUGUAGUUCCUACUGAACUGUCAAGCACACCCCUUUCUCCAGGCCAAUCAAUCAGUGGAGUUCCUAAUGAUCUGUCAAGCACAACUACUAAUAAUGGACCAAUCACCACUAAAGAACCUUUGGAACCAAAGACAUAUGUUUCUGAUGAUUCCUCAACUGCUGCAGUUCCUGUAGGUCAGUCAAGCACAACUGUUCCUCUAGACCAAUCAAGCAACAUAGUUCAUCCAAGUCUAUUAACCACAACGGCUGCUUCCGGUCAGUCAAGCACAAAGGCACCCAAUGGUUCCAUCAGCACUAAAGACCCUUUGAGUUCCAAGACAUCUGUUCCUAAUGAUUCUACAAAUGCUACAGGUCCUGCAGGUCAGUCAACUACAACUCUUUCUCCAGGCCAAUCAAUCAGUGGAGUUCCUAAUGAUCUGUCAAACACAACUGCUGAUGACAGUUCAGUCACCACUAAAGAACCUUUGGACUCCAAGACAUAUGUUUCUGUUGAUUCCACAACUGCUGCAGUUCCUGUAGGUCAGUCAAGCACAACUGUUUCUCUAGACCAAUCAAGCAAUGUAGUUCUUCCUAGUCUAUUAACCACAACAGCUGCUUCUGAUCAGUCAAGCACAAAUGCAACUAAUGGUCCCAUCACCACUAAAGACCCUUUGAGGUCCAAGACGUCUGUUCCUGAUGAUUCCAUAGCCACUGUAGUUUCUACUGAACUGUCAAGCACACCCCUUUCUCCGGGUCGUCCAAGCAAUGCAGUUCCAACUGAUCUGUUAAGUACAACUGCUGAUAAUGGACCAGUCAACACUAAAGAACCGUUGGACUCUAAGACAUAUGUUUCUGUUGAUUCCACAACUGCUGCAGUUCCUGAAGGUCAGACAAGCAUAACUGUUCCUCUAGACCAAUCAAGCAACUUAGUUCUUUCUAGUCUAUUAACCACAUCAGCUGCUUCUGAUCAAUCAAGCACAAAUACAUCUAAUAGUCCCAUCACCCCAAAAGACCCUUUGAGUUCCAAGACAUCUGUUCCUGAUGAUUCUACAACUGCUCCAGUUCCUGCAGGGCACUCAAGCACAACUCUUUCUCCAAACCAUUCAAUCAGUGGAAUUCCUAAUGAUCUGUCAAGCACAACUACUGAUAAUGGACCAGUCACCGCUAAAGAACCUUUGGAUUCAAAGACAUCUGUUCCUGUUAAUUUCACAACUGCUCCAGUUCCUACUGAUCUGUCAAUUACAACUCUUUCUUCAGGUCAUUUAAACAGUGGGGUUCCUAAUGAUCUGUCAAGCACAACUACUAAUAAUAGACCAAUCACCACUAAAGAAACUUUGGAACCAAAGACAUAUGUUUCUGUUGAUUCCACAACUGCUGCAGUUCCUGUAGGUCAGUCAAGCAUAACUGUUCCUCUAGACCAAUCAAGCAACAUAGUUCCUCCUAGUCUAUUAACCACAACGGCUGCUUCCGGUCAGUCAAGCACAAAGGCACCUAAUGGUUCCAUCACCACUAAAGACCCUUUGAGUUCCAAGACAUCUGUUCCUAAUGAUUCUACAAAUGCUACAGGUCCUGCAGGUCAGUCAACUACAACUCUUUCCUCAGGACAACCAAUCAGUGGAGUUCCUGAUGAUCUGUCAAGCACAACUGCUGAUGACAAUUCAGUCACCACUAAAGAACCUUUGGACUCAAAGACAACUGUUUCUGUUGAUUCUACAACUGCUGCAGUUCCUGUAGGUCAGUCAAGCACAACUGUUCCUCUAGACCAAUCAAGCAAUGUAGUUCUUCCUAGUCUAUUAACCACAACACCUGCUUCUGACCAGUCAAGCACAAAUGCAACUAAUGGUUCCAUCACCACUAAAGACCCUUUGAGUUCCAAGACAACUGUUCCUAAUGAUUCCGCAACUGCUUCAGUUCUUGCAGGUCAGUCAACCACAACUCUUUCUUCAGGCCAUUCAAUGAGUGGAGUUCCUAAUGAUCUGUCAAGCACAACUGAUAAAAACGGACCAGUCACCACUAAAGAAACUUUGGAUUCAUCAUAUACAUAUGUUCCUAUUGAUUCCACAACUGAAACAGUUCAUAAAUAUGAGUCAAGCACAACUGUUCCUCUAGACCAUUCAAGCAAUUUAGUUUUUCCUAGUCUGUUAACCACAAAAGCUGCUUUUGAUCAGUCAAGAACAACUGCACCUAAUGGCCCUUUCACCAUCAUAGAUCUUUUGGGUUCAAAGACAUCUGUUCCUGUUGAUUCUACAACUGCUGCAAUUCCUGCAUAUCAGUCAAGCACAACUGUUCCUCUAGACCAAUCAAGCAAUGUAGUUCUUCCUAGUCUAUUAACCACAACAGCUGCUUCUGAUCAGUUGAGCAUAACUGCACCUAACAGUCCAAUCACCACUAAACCCCUAUUGAGUUCAAAGACAUCUGUUCCUGAUGAUUCCACAAUUGCUCCAUUUCCUACUGAUCUGUCCAGCACAACUCUUUCACCAGGGCAUUCAAUCAGUGGAGUUCCUAAUUAUCUAUCAAGCACAACUGCUAGUAAUGGACCAGUCACUACUAAAGAUUCUUUGGAUUCAUCAUAUACAACUUUUCCUACUGAGUUCAAAACUACUGCAGUUCCUGAUUAUGGGUCAAGCACAAAAGAUCCUCUAGACCAAUCAAGCAAUGUUCUGUCAAUAACAACUGCUAAUAAUGGACCACUCCCCACCAAAGACCAAUCAAGCAAUGUAGUUCUUAAUCCAUUAACCGCAACAGUUCCUAAUGUUCAGUCAAGCACAACUGGACCUAAUGGUCCCAUCAUCACUAAGGAUAUUUUGGGUUCAUCAAAGUCAUCUGUUCCUGAUAAAUUUACAACUGCUGCAGGUCCUACUGAUCUAUCAAGCACAGCUCCUUCUCCAGGCCAUUCAAACAAUGCAGUUCCUAAUGAUUGGUCCAUCGCAACUGCUGAUAAUGGACCAGUUAUGACCAAAGAACCUUUGUAUUCAAAGACAUCUGUUCUUAUUGAUUCCACACCUGUCUCAGUUCCUGCAGAUCAGUCAAGCACAAUUGUUCUUCUAGACCAAUCAAGCAAUGUAGUUCAUUCAAGUUUAUUAACUGCAGUUGCUUCUGCUCAGACUGACACAACAUCACCCAAUAGUCCCAUGACCUCUUCAAAGACACUUGUUCCUGAUAAUUCCAUAACCACUGCAGAUCCUACUAAUCUAUCAAUCACAAUUGUUUCUUUGGGUCAUUCAAGCAAUGCAGUUCCUAAUGAUCUGUCAAACACAACUGCUAAUCAUGGACAAGUAACCACUAAAGAAACUGUAGAUUAUUCAAAGACAUCACUUCCUGUUGAUUCCACAACUGCAGCUCCUCCAGCAGAUAAGUCAAGCACAACAGUUUUUCUAGACCAAUCAAGAAAUGUAGUUGUAUCCAGUCUAUCAACCACAACAGUUUCUAAGGAUCAACCAAACACAUCUGCAUCUAAUGGUUCCCAGACCACUAAAGAUCUUUUGGGUUCCUCAAAGGCAUCUGUUCCUGAUGAUUCCACAACCACUGUUUCUACUGAUCUGUCAAGCACAACACUUUCUCCAGGCUAUCCAAGCAUUGCAGUUCCAAAUGAUCUGUUAAGUACAACUGCUGAUAAUAGACCAGUCACCACUAAAGAACCUUUGGAUUCAAAAACAUCGGUUCUUGCUGAUUCCACAACUGUUGUGGUUCUUGCAGAUCAGCCAAGCCCAACUCUUUUACUAGACCGAUCAAACAAUGUAGUUAUUCAUAGUCUAAUAACCACAACAGUUGCCUCUGAUCAAUCAACUACAUCUGCUCUUAAUAAUCCUGUAUCCAGUACAGCUGCUAAUCGGUUUACCACAACUAUAAUAUUUGCAACCUCAGCACAUUCUAAUAUUGUCACAACCUCAACCACAUCUUCAUCACCACCAACCACUUAUUCAUCAACUAAAGCAUCUACUGGUUCAGCAAUGCCAGGGGAGGUAUUUGUUGUUCUGCAGAUUCGUUUACAAACACAAUAUAUUGAUGCUUACAAUAACCCUGCUUCCGUGGAGUACCAGAGUCUGUCCAGAAACAUCACUAUUGAGCUGAAUCGACUCUACCAGAGCAUUUAUGGAACCCGCUUCCUCAGAUGUUAUGUGAUAAGAUUUUGGCCUGGGUCAGUAGGCGUGGACACACAAAUCAUUUUUCAAAACCAGAAUGUGCUGCCAAACGCAACAAGCAUUGAAGAAACUCUGAGUACAGCCAUCACCGACUCAAACGUCUUCCUCCCAGUGAUUCCUUCCAGUAUCACAGUCGUGGAAUCUCUAGGCUCCAUUAACACCACCAGCCAAACGCAGACAUUGCAAAGUGUUUCUACAAAUCAAACGUCUUCUGCUGUCGCACCAGUUCUGUCCAGCGUCCUGUUCACACUAUGGCUUUUUCUAAGGAAUGAAAUACUGUAAUUCUGCAAUGUUUUUGGCCAUGUGCCACAUUUAAACCUUUAAUUUAUUUUGGGAAAUGAUCUGCUAUUGUGAUGCAUUCACAUCAAUCUCGGUUUUAUGCUUUUGGUUAAAAAUUCUUUCAUUCUGCUUCCUUUGAUAAAACAAUGAUCAUAAUAUUCACAUUGAUUGAGUUGAUUGUUGCUUUUAAUUGUCUUCUGUUACAAUGAAUUAUAAAUAAAUAUAAUAUAAAUACA